AUGUCGCAACGUUUCCGAGAAGCGGCAGAUGUGGCAAGUUUCGACAAUUUGGCUUCCGAAAUUUCUAAAGUAACAGGAGAUAAAGGUUUAAAUGUACUCAUAAACAACGCCGGCACCUCUACAAAAUUCACAAAACUGAAUUUAGUAAAACCGGAGCAGUUGUUGAGUAAUCUGACAAUCAAUACUAUUGCACCGAUUAUUCUUACCAAGAGUCUUCUUCCUCUUUUAAAACAAGCAGCUCAAAGUAACAGCGACAAACCAGUCGGCGUGAACCGCGCUGUGGUUAUCAAUAUGAGCUCUGUACUGGGUUCCAUUGCACAGAACGACGUCGGUGGAUUUUAUGCUUACCGAUGCUCAAAGGCAGCAUUGAAUGCAGCUACGAAAUCAAUGAGCAUUGACCUCAAAAAGGAUCACAUACUCGUCGCUUCUAUGCACCCGGGCUGGGUGAGAACGGACAUGGGCGGGAAAAACGCGCCGCUAGAUGUCGACACUAGUGUCGCCGGCAUGUUCAAUACUAUCGAAAAACUCACAGAGGCGGAGAGCGGGAAAUUUCUACAGUACGACGGCUCAGAGUUGCCAUGGUAA